GUUCCGGAAGGCGGAGUCGGGCACUCAGGUGAGGCAGCGACCCCUUCCCCUGCCUGGGAGCGCCGCCACCCUGCCCCCGGGCCUGGCCUGGCCUCUCCCGCACCGCCCCCACGCGGGGCUCGCAGUAGCGCCGCACGGGCAUGGCCUGUCCCGGGUGGUGUAGCGCCGCCCCCGCAGCACCAUGGCCGGCCGGUAGGGGUUCCCCUUGGGCGGGCUGGAGACGGACACGUUGGAAGCCUAGGACGUGGGUGCUGCCAGCUCUGGGGUGGGAACCGAGGAGCUGCCGGCCGCGGUCUCUGCCCGCUGGCGCGUCCGUUUCUCCUCGCUGCAGACGGCAUCCUGGCCCGGAGGCGGCGGGGCUGCGUCCCAAGGGCUGGCGGCCCCCCGAAAAGAUGCGCCCUGGGCCGCUCCAGCCCCGCCGCCAAGUGUUGAAGUAUGUGCUUAAUUCCUGUGGAAGCAAACGGGACUGAACUGCUUGCACGACUUGAGGGCAGAAGUUCUCUGAAAAAUCUUGAACCUUGUCUAUUUGCAGAUGAAGGAUUUCCCAUUCAUGGAGAUGUCGUUGAAUUCCAUGGUCCAGAAGGAACAGGAAAAACAGAAAUGCUUUAUCACCUGAUAACCCGCUGUGUCCUUCCAAAAUCGGGAGGAGGACUAGAAGUAGAAGUCUUGUUCAUUGAUACAGACUACCAUUUUGACAUGCUUCGCCUAGUUACCAUUCUUGAACACAGAUUGUCCCAAAGCACAGAAGAAAUGAUCAAACAGUGCCUUGGAAGGCUUUUUCUUGUUAACUGCAAUAGCAGCACUCAGUUGCUUCUCACUCUUUACUCUCUAGAAAACAAGUUUUGCGCUCACCCUUCUCUCUGCAUUGUGAUUUUAGAUAGUAUAUCAGCUUUUUAUUGGAUAGAUAGAAGCAAUGGAGGUGAGAGCUUUAACAUUCAGGAGGUGAAUCUGAAGAGAUGUGCUGAAUUUCUUGAGAAGCUAGUAAGAGAGCAUCAUUUGGCCCUGUUUGCAACAACACAAACGAUUAUGCAGAAAUCUUCAAACUCCACAGAAAGCUCCAUUCCUUUAAAACUUCACUGUGAAGCUGAUGUAGAGUAUAGGCCUUAUCUAUGUAAAUCAUGGCAACAAAUGGUAACCCACAGAAUAUUUUUCUCUAAGCAAUGUAAUUUUAGCAGUAGCAAAGCGUUUUCAAUUGUUUCUUGUCACACCAAAAAAACCCAUGUCAUAAAAUGUUCAUUCAGUGUUGCAGAAUCUGGAGUUCAGUUUUAACUUCAGUCUAUCUCUAAAACUGUAGUAAAUCUUCACAUCACAGUCUAAUUAGCUUUACUUUAAGUAGUUUUAAAAAAAAUUCUUCUAACCUAUUUUAUUAUCUCAGAUUGUUAAUGAAUUUUGUCACCCACCUUUAACGUCUUAAACUCAGUAAAGGGCAGAGGAGUUUAAAGCUUUGAAUUUCUGCAGAAGGUCAGCUUAAAAUAGAAGAGAAUGUUGAAACUUCUUGUAUGUGGUUGAUGCAUAAAGAGAUUAAAUCAAGAAGACUAAAAGUUUAGGGCAUCUUUAACUCCUAAUAUACUUAUGUAAUGUAACAUAGAGGGUAUACAACCAAAUGCACUGACUUCAGCUCUGUGUCAUAACCAUCUUCCAGUGACUUAUGCUAGUGAUUGUGUUUAGGCAAAUGUUAGCUCUUUUUAAAUAUUGGUCUUAAUUCAUUCCCAUUAGCAUGGGGCUAUACACUUGGCAUACAUCCUUUGUUAGCAGGCACAGUUGCACCUAAGGGGUGGGAUUCAUCUCCUCCAGGGAAGGGUAUGUAGUGUUGGUCAUGGUGGUCCUAGCCAGCACUGCCCAUUUGUGUCACAUGCUUGGGGGAAUAGGGAUUCUGGCUGUCAUUGUUCUGCCAGCAGUCUUCAAGCAUCUGCAGCCCUCCCAAGUUGAGGGACACAGGGCCAUAGUUGACUGAUCCUAGGAGGUAGCCCGAGGCCCCUGUAAGUUAGUGACAUAUCUAGCAAGUAGUUAACAUUUGAAAGGAAAAGGGCUAGAAACAUCAUUUUUUUAAAUAUAAUUUUUAGCUCUCCUCCCUCAAAUCUGGGAUGCCAUGUCACAAUCAAUGUGGUUUAUGUUACUAGUUUUAGAUUCUCAUUUAUUAUUAUGCGAGCCACUGUUUGGAAAAUCAGUCUAGCCGCAGAAAAGCGCACCCAAUUGUGUAAAUACCUAACUUAGGGAUCUCUUAGUUUCAGAUGAUCAUCAGUCCACUACCCUAUGUCUCCCUUCUGGUGUAUCGGCUCUACAAAGCUAUGGGAUCACAUGGACUAUCAUAAUGCUAAAAAGUAUUCUCAAAAAGCUCCUCUACAAUUUAUUUUCUUUUGAUCUAGGUUUUAUAUCAUAUCCUCCAGUAUUUGAGCAUUCUUUGUACCAUGGUAUCUCCUGCACACUGUAUUUUAAUAAAGAGAGACACACAAGUGUAAAUCAUAUGAUUUGAAAGAGGCAGAUGAGAAAACGCCUGGCUAAACAGCAUAUAUUUCUUGGUGCGCUUUAUGUUCAGAGCCGUGUGCAUCAGUUAGUUUAUCAAUCAUACAAUAAGUUCCUUAUUGCAUAAUCUUUUAGAGGUAUUUUUAAAUGUUACUACCCUUUUACAACUGUUUCACCUCUGUGAAUUGAAUUUUCAUCCAAGUAUAGUUCCUAGUACGAAGAUAUUGCAAUUACUAGUCUCAGAAGCUCAGAAUUCUCAAUAGAGACCGAUGAAUUUUUGCUCCUAAAAAAGAAGUGGAUAGAGAAUGGAAGAUUGAUGAUGAGGAAAGCUUGCACAGCUCCCACCCCUUAUGGUGGAUAGAGAAUGCUUUAGUUUCAACAGCUGUAAGUUUUGGUUCCUUUCACAGACACUAAAGACUGAUUUACAAUGGUGAAUGUAAUGUACUACCACCACCACCAUCUUGUUUGUGUCUGUUUAAGGGAGAAUGGAGGCACCCUGACACAACUUAUGUAUUUUAAAAUUGUGAUUUGAAGGGCAGAUCAAAGUAAACAUAAUGAGGAGUGGAUGAACAAAAAGAUUUAUAUGCACUGUUACCAUGGUAAGAAACAAGGAAUACAGGGAGAGGAUAAGGAAUCCAGAAACACUACUUAGUAAAAUGAACAUCAUGUAUACAGGAAAAACAAACAACAUAGUAUAUGUAUGAAAACUCAAAUAUGUCCUAUAAAAUUAUGGAAAUAACUGAAGAAACAAACUUGAGCUUGCUUCUUCCAUAUUUAUUCAGAAACACUAAACAUGCAAUCCAGUAAAUUUACUUCCUCCUUAUGAUUGUAUUUGAGGAGAUUGUAACCACUUCUGUAUGCAUUGGCCUGACAGAUGCUAGUGCUCCACUCCUUCCAAAAAGUUGUGCUUCUGAAUUCAGGUUCCUUUGAAACAGUCCUAUCAGAACACUUCUCACAUGGAAAGCAGACAGCUUUUCUACAGUGCCUCAUCUCUGUAUCCAUUUAAACCCUAAAAAAACCCGAACCUCUGAAUUAUGAUAGGUUUCUGUAUCAACUCUGAAAUGUGUGUUUCUAUGAUAGGUUAGGGCUGUAAAAUUCAUUCUGAUCAUAUCUUGCUCAAGAAGUCUAAACUGAAGCUGUUUUAGUGUGCUAAUACAGAUGAAUUGGACAUCCCAGGAAUCACCCUUCCUUUACAUUGGACAAUCUGGAAUUCCACUCUUCUUUAUCUGAAGCUUGCAAAGCAAUGUGAUUUCUCCCACAUGCUGUCUUUCCAUUUCUCCAGUGAGUUGGAGCAUACCCUCUUGGCUGAAUGCCAAACUCCAGCCUGGUUGGGAUGUCCUCCUGACUCCAAAUUUCCAUCUGAACCUUUAUCCAAGCUCGGGAAAAAAUGCCUCCAAUAGUGGCAUUGCUAGUUUCUAGGACGAUGUUACCUCCUCUGAGUGCCCCAGCACGUGGCUAACAGUAAGAAUUCUCCAUCACGUAAUCUGUUUGCUUUCGUCUGUUUAGCUUUUUAUUUGGCACUGUCUUGGUGUAGUCUGUACACAUUUUAGCUUUUGGCUUGAGCUGAGAUGUCAAAUGCUGCAAGUUCCGAACAAUUAAAGCACUAGAAGAAGCUCUUCCUGAAUGAAGCUCAAGUAGAACAUGUGUGUGCAGGAUUUGGCAUGCUGCAUGUUGCAGCUCUGGCAAACAAGCUCCAGACCAUAUGGGAAAUUCAGUGUAGUUCUGGCAAGGAACAACGUAACAUCUAUUAAUCUAGAGUGCCCUUUGAAAGCUUCAAGGGGCUUUAUAGGAAAAAUACGAUACA